AUCGAUUCCAGUCGCCAUUUGCACAUUUCGUUGCAGACAACUCCGAAUAUUUGCACAAUUUUCAGAAGAUCCCUGACGCUUUCGCCCACCAACCAAGCUGGAUAAGAUACCAGAGUACCUCAUGGAUUGGUUUUUGGGGAAAGGCAGGCGUAAAGAGAAGGACUCUCCUUCACCACAAGCAGAAGAAACCAAACAAUACUUAGGAGAAAACUUUGUGUCUCAGCGAUCAAUCAAUGUUGACCUGUGCAGACUGUCAGAAAUCCCUGAACACCUAGACACAAAUGAGUGGCUAGCUACAAAUACCAUAUCAUUCUUCGACCACCUGAACCUUCUGUAUGGAGCCAUCUCAGAGUUCUGUACCACAAGCAAUUGCUCAGCAAUGUCAGGCCCAGACAACAUGCAAUAUUUAUGGUUUGACGAAAAAGGGAAGAAGUGUAAAUGUGCAGCCCCGCAGUAUAUAGACUACGUCAUGACGUACAUACAGAAAACUAUUAACGAAGAAUCAAUAUUCCCAUCAAAAUAUGGUUCAGUCUUCCCAAGUACCUUCGAGUCAACCAUUAAAAAAAUCCAUAAACUCUUGUUCCACAUAUUUGCACAUGUUUACCACGCACAUUAUAAGGAAUUAGUGCUACUGAGCCUGCAUGGACAUCUGAACAGUGUAUUCCUACAUUUCAUGAUCUUCAAUCGAAAGUUUUCAUUGAUCGACCAGAAAGAGACUGAAAUCCUCGAUGAUUUAGUGAAGGCUUUAAAAAAUGGCCUGCUGCCAAAAAACAUUGUGUCAUCAGAGACAACUGAGGUGGCGGGAACAACGGACAAUAUGGUUGCGGCUGGGGGGUCAGAAAAUAAGGAAAACAUUGAAAAUAACCACUGCAUCCCAGCUGUUCAUACAUCCCCACCCACCACAUAGUUGUCAUAGCAACCUGUUGAUUGGCAGUUGCCAUGACAUCUCAUUAUUUAUUAAGUUGGCUGUGGUUGCUAUGGACACAGAUUUUCCUUGAGAUCAUCAUAACAUAGCAACGCAUGAUGUCACAAGGGGGUAUCAUUGAUAGUUAGAUGCAAUAAAGAGUCAACUGGACUCUAGGAGGGGAUUAGGAGUUGGUGGUGCUUGAAGACGUUGCAGUUACACACACUCUGUGAUUGGCUCAAUUCUCAGCUCAUUUAAGCAAUAUGUUUUCAGUAGACUGUAUCUUUAUCCUCUGAACUACUGUGUUACAUGGUACAAUUCUCUUAGGAACUCAACAACAGUCUAUUUCAUCAAAUUCAAUCUGAUUCCAUAGAUGGUUCAAAAUUGUAUCAGUAUCUGUUAAAUGAAAUCAUUUGAAGUACACUGAGCUUAGAAUGGCUGUACUUUACUUUACAGUAACCAGUCUCUGUGACACACUUAUUUUAAACCAACUCGACUAUGAUGUUUUAAGACCUAGAAUACGAUAAAUUCAGACUGUUUAGAGUUUUGAGUUGAUAUUGAGAGUACUGUAAUUCUGUAAAUCAGAGUUAUUUUGUACGCUGUUCAGACCUGUAGCCAGCAUUUGCCACUUGAAAAAUGCUCAGAAUGGU